CCAGCACACACUGAGAGGGAAGGACAGGACCCUGGAGAGAGUGUGAGUCCUGCUAAACUGUCAGAAACCUGCUGCUUUCCACAGAGGAAGGAGGGGUUGGUUCAUGGGAAGAGACUGCAGCACAGUGGACAGUGGUUCCUGCAGCUGAACUACAGUGAGCUCAUACACUGAACUCGGGAUUCUCUGUGCCUUUAUUUGCUUACUGCCAUGAGUCAGCUGCUCUCUGACGCAUCUAAGGAUGAAGACAUGUGCAAAUACUACUAUAAGAUGAUUAAGGAAGAAAACAGAACCAUUUCUCAGAAAACCAUCACUUCAAUUGAGUUACACCAGGCACAAGGAAACAUUCAGAAGACAAAUAAUGUAAUUACUGAUUCAUUAAGAGAAAUUAGAAGUACCUCACUCAAUAUUGCUGUAAUAGGAGAGUCUGGAACUGGGAAGUCCAGUUUCAUUAACGCCUUCAGGGGGAUUGGACAUGAAGAGGAAAAUUCAGCUCCAAUUGGCGUGGUGGAGACAACCAUGAGGAGAACUCCAUACAAACACCCCAAUAUUCCCAAUGUGGUUAUUUGGGACCUGCCUGGGAUUGGAACCACAAAAUUCCCACCCAAAGAUUAUCUGGAGAAAAUGAAAUUCAGUGAGUAUGAUUUCUUCAUCAUUGUUUCUGCCACACGCUUUAAGAAAAAUGAUAUAGACCUCGCCAAAGCAGUCAGCAUGAUGAAGAAGGAUUUCUACUUUGUGAGAACCAAGGUGGAUAUAGAUUUAGAAACUGAAAAAGGAUGCAAACAUGCCUUUGGCAGAGAAAACUUACUGCAGCAGAUCCAACGCCAUUGUGUGAAUACCUUUAAGAAAAAUAACCUGGAUGUACCACCGAUCUUCUUGAUCUCCAACAAAAAUGUAUCUGACUAUGAUUUCCCAAUCCUGAAGGACAUGCUGAGAAACAAACUUUCUACUCCCACACUGCAAAACUUUAUGUCUUCUUCACUGAGUAAGGCUGAGGCAGACAUUGAAAGAAAGCAUGAGUUGAUGCAGCGGUUUAUCUGGCUAGAAACCAUAAAGAAGGAAGCUUGGGCCAGUCUUUCCAUAAAGGGCAUCCUCAAGGACAGUGAUAUGGAGCAGUUGAAGGUGAUUUUAAACCACUAUCGAAAGCUCUUUGGAGUCGAUGAUGGAACCUUGAAACUCAAGGCAAAGGAUUCCCAAGUACCUGUUGAAAAACUGAAAAAAGUCAUUAAAUCUGUUUAUUUGUUGGAAACUAAGGAAAGGGAAACAUUGGAAGGAAAACUUUUGAAAUAUUUGGAGAAAUUUGCCUCAGCCAAUGGUGGGCUCUUGGCUACAGGUCUCUACUUUAGGAAAACCUUUUACGUACAACUUCUGUUCCUUGACACAGUGGCUGAAGAUGCCAAAGUUGUCCUUAGAGAGACAUAUUCAAAAAUUAGUUCAAACUCACAUCACCCACAGCUACUGACCGUGGAUAAGUGUUACUCUUUCCUCAUAUCCUUGACAGGAUUUGUGGUCGUUUUUUUUGUUUUGUUUUAUCUUAGACUUUGGGCAUGGAAUGAGGUGUAAUCUCCAAAUAUUUUUUUAAUAUUCAGAUUAUUUUAAUCUUACUAUAUAAGAACACAAAUAUGUAAUUUUAGAACAUAUUAAUGUGAGUUAAUUCUACAAUAAUCUGGUUAUUCAAUUACUUGUAAGGCUAGGUUUCCAACCCAGGCCUUGUGGAUGCUAGGCAAGCAUUUUAUCACUAAACUAUGCUCCUCACCUUGUGAUAGCUUUUAGAUUUAAGUAAGACAAUAGUUUGACUAUUCCAAAAUUCUGAACUUAUAUAAUUUAAUUGCCAUGUCUGCCUGUCUAACAAUAAUGAUAGAAUGUAGAUUACAUAUUGUCAUAAUUCUGACAGAUAAUGUAAAUGAAAUAGGUUCUUCAAUGUUCAACAUAGUCAUAUGUAGCAAAUCAAUAAUCACACAUUUUUAAGCCCAUUAAUAGUAAGUCAGAAUUAAUUUGAAUCCCUUAAGGACAUUUGAAAUUCUUUAUUUGAAGCAUUUAUCUUAUUUAACUUACAGGUGCAUGUGGAGGCUGAAGGACAGCUUGCUUAGUCAGUUUUUUCCUUCCACCAUGAAGGUUCAGAGCAUCUAACUCAGUAACUCAGUAACUUGUUGGCCAGGACCUUUACCUGCUGCGGCAUCUCACAGCACUAGCCUGAGUGAGCCUGGACCAGGCAGUUAGCACAGUGGAGAUGCUGUGGCUACUCAGAGGAUGCUGAGCUGACUGUGGACUGCACAGGACCAGCAGGACUGGGGAUGCUUUUCUCUCAAGUUCAUACAAGGUAGGAGACAUAGAAAGCAGCCCCACAAUGGGAGACAGACAUUAGAUCUGCAGCCCCUUAGUAGUUCUAAUUUGCAUAUCUCUGAGGCCAGCGAUGUUGCACACUUUUUCAAAUGCUAAUUAGUCAUUUUUAUUUCUUUUUUGAGAAUUCUCUGUUCAGUCCCAUGGCCCAUUUUUUUUUAUUGGCUUGUUUGUUUUCCUAGUGUUUACUUUUUAAAUUCUUUACACAUGGUGGCUAAUUCUCUAUCAGAUUUAUAACUGGUAAAGGUUUUCUCCCAUUCAUUUCUUCUUUGUCUGACACAAUUAUUGAUUAUUGCCCUUAUUUGCUGAGCUAUAAGAGUCUGAUCCAGAAAGUCCUUGUCAAUGUCUGUGUCUUAAGUGGACUCCGUGUUUUCCCCUAUAAAUUUGCAGUCUGGUCUUAUAUUGAGGUUCUUGGUCUAUUUGGGGUAGAUUUUUGUGCAGGGUGAGAGACAAGAAUCUAAUUUUGUUGUCCUACAUGUAGCUGUCCAGUUUCCCAGCACUGCUUGUUGAAGAUACUGUUUUCUCCAAUUGAUUUUUCUUUGGUGAUUGUGUUGAAAAUCAGAUGGUUAUAGUUUAUGGUCUUGUUGUUGUGAAUAUUUCAACACUGGUGUAUGGCUUCACAUGGGUCCAAGAAAUCAAGACUCAGAGAAUGAACUUAGCUUCUGCGGCUGCAGGGGGCUCAGUCUCAGUGAACUGAAGCACCUUGCCUUCAUCUCCCAGCAUCUUUAUUUUUUUCUAUAUUUACAUUGUAGCUAGAAGAUUUCCAUAUUUCAAAAGUGAUAGAAACUUCUGAAAAUACAGUACCAGGUGCAAACACCUGAUUCAUGAGGGACCAUGGUUUUUCUCUAAACCAAGUUUUGCAUAGGAUGUGUAUCCAUGGGAGACUCUCAGUUAAGAUUCACAUGGGGCAGCAGAAGGUAUUUGUAACACAAAGAAAGACCUAGGGGCUGUGUGAAAACUCCUACACCAGGCCAGGUAUAACCCAGUCGGGUUUCAUGGCUAGUGGAGGUUGCUUGCUAUCCCUUUGGCUCCAGGUCAGCUGACAUACCACUCCUUGUAGCUGGGUUCUCUAGCAUAGAUCUGAGUCUAUUUUUGUGCCAGUACCAUGUUGUCUUUAUACUAUGGCUCUGUAGUGUAACUUGAAAACAGACAUGGUGUCAGCUCCAACAAUACACUUUUUGCUCAAGAUUUCUUUGACUGUCAGGGGUCUCUUCUUUUAUGAUGUUUUUCUACUUCUGUGAAGAAAGGCAAUAGAGUUUUCAAUGGGAUUACCUUGACUCUGUAGGUUUGUUACAAUAAAGCAGUCAUUUUCACAAUA